UUUGUAACAGACUUUAUUUGUUCCAACCUUAAAAACAAUAAUAACAUGUAGUUCACAGAUAACAACCAAUAAUGUUGCAUGUAAUUGAAAUAUUGCACAGUUUGUUGAUUCUAAUAAAUAGAUAUCACCAAUUUCUUUCAAAAUAAUUUCUUCCCUUCAACAUGCAAGACUAGAUGAACAUAUAUAUAUUUUAUAAGACAUACACAAACGUACGUGAUUAAGGGCCGUUUACAGUUACUGUUUUCACAAGCAUACAAACCAUGCUACAGGUUGUUUUUAUAAGACAUACACAAACGUACGUGAUUAAGGGCCGUUUACAGUUACUGUUUUCACAAGCAUACAAACCAUGCUACAGGUUGUUUUUAUAAGACAUACACAAACGUACGUGAUUAAGGGCCGUUUACAGUUACUGUUUUCACAAGCAUACAAACCAUGCUACAGGUUGUUUUUAUAAGACAUACACAAACGUACGUGCAAGUGGUUUACACCUACCCAUUGAGUCUUGCAGAGCACUCACUCGGGGUUUGGAGUCGGUAUCUGGAUUAAAAAUCCCAUGCCUCGACUGGAAUCCGAACCCAGUACCUACCAGCCUGUAGACCGAUGGCCUAACCACAAUGUAUUGUGUCCUACACCCAUGCUAUUAUGUAUGCUGUCCUACCUCCAUGCUAUUAUGUAUGCUGUCCUACCUCCAUGCUAUUAUGUAUGCUAUCCUACCUCCAUGCUAUUAUGUAUGCUGUCCUACCUCCAUGCUAUUAUGUAUGCUGUCCUACCUCCAUGCUAUUAUGUAUGCUGUCCUACCUCCAUGCUAUUAUGUAUGCUGUCCUACCUCCAUGCUAUUAUCUAUUAUGUAUGCUGUCCUACCUCCAUGCUAUUAUGUAUGCUGUCCCACCUCCAUGCUAUUAUGUAUGCUGUCCCACCUCCAUGCUAUUAUGUAUGCUGUCCUACCCCCAUGCUAUUAUGUAUGCUGUCCCACCUCCAUGCUAUUAUGUAUGCUGUCCUACCUCCAUGCUAUUAUGUAUGCUGUCCCACCUCCAUGCUAUUAUGUAUGCUGUCCCACCUCCAUGCUAUUAUGUAUGCUGUCCCACCUCCAUGCUAUUAUGUAUGCUGUCCCACCCCCAUGCUAUUAUGUAUGCUGUCCCACACCCAUUCUAUUAUGUAUGCUGUCCUACCUCCAUGCUAUUAUGUAUGCUGUCCCACACCCAUGCUAUUAUGUAUGCUGUCCUACCUCCAUGCUAUUAUGUAUGCUGUCCUACCUCCAUGCUAUUAUGUAUGCUGUCCUACCCACAUGCUAUUAUGUAUGCUGUCCCACCUCCAUGCUAUUAUGUAUGCUGUCCUACCUCCAUGCUAUUAUGUAUGCUGUCCCACCUCCAUGCUAUUAUGUAUGCUGUCCUACCUCCAUGCUAUUAUGUAUGCUGUCCCACCUCCAUGCUAUUAUGUAUGCUGUCCCACCUCCAUGCUAUUAUGUAUGCUGUCCCACCUCCAUGCUAUUAUGUAUGCUGUCCCACCCCCAUGCUAUUAUGUAUGCUGUCCCACACCCAUUCUAUUAUGUAUGCUGUCCUACCUCCAUGCUAUUAUGUAUGCUGUCCCACACCCAUGCUAUUAUGUAUGCUGUCCUACCUCCAUGCUAUUAUGUAUGCUGUCCUACCUCCAUGCUAUUAUGUAUGCUGUCCUACCCACAUGCUAUUAUGUAUGCUGUCCCACCUCCAUGCUGUUAUGUAUGCUGUCCUACCUCCAUGCUAUUAUGUAUGCUGUCCUACCCCCAUGCUGUUAUGUAUGCUGUCCUACCUCCAUGCUAUUAUGUAUGCUGUCCUACCUCCAUGCUAUUAUGUAUGCUGUCCUACCUCCAUGCUAUUAUGUAUGCUGUCCUACCCCCAUGCUAUUAUGUAUGCUGUCCUACCCCCAUGCUGUUAUGUAUGCUGUCCCACCUCCAUGCUAUUAUGUAUGCUGUCCCACCUCCAUGCUAUUAUGUAUGCUGUCCCACCUCCAUGCUAUUAUGUAUGCUGUCCCACCUCCAUGCUAUUAUGUAUGCUGUCCCACCUCCAUGCUAUUAUGUAUGCUGUCCCACCUCCAUGCUAUUAUGUAUGCUGUCCCACACCCAUUCUAUUAUGUAUGCUGUCCCACACCCAUUCUAUUAUGUAUGCUGUCCUACCUCCAUGCUAUUAUGUAUGCUGUCCUACACCCAUGCUAUUAUGUAUGCUGUCCCACCUCCAUGCUAUUAUGUAUGCUGUCCCACCUCCAUGCUAUUAUGUAUGCUGUCCCACCUCCAUGCUAUUAUGUAUGCUGUCCCACCUCCAUGCUAUUAUGUAUGCUGUCCUACCUCCAUGCUAUUAUGUAUGCUGUCCUACCUCCAUGCUAUUAUGUAUGCUGUCCUACCUCCAUGCUAUUAUGUAUGCUGUCCUACCUCCAUGCUAUUAUGUAUGCUGUCCUACCUCCAUGCUAUUAUGUAUGCUGUCCUACCUCCAUGCUUUUAUGUAUGCUGUCCUACCUCCAUGCUAUUAUGUAUGCUGUCCUACCUCCAUGCUAUUAUGUAUGCUGUCCUACCUCCAUACUAUUAUGUAUGCUGUCCUACCCCCAUGCUAUUAUGUAUGCUGUCCUACCCCAUGCUAUUAUGUAUGCUGUCCUACCCACAUGCUUUUAUGUAUGCUGUCCUACCCCCAUGCUAUUAUGUAUGCUGUCCUACCUCCAUGCUAUUAUGUAUGCUGUCCUACCUCCAUGCUAUUAUGUAUGCUGUCCUACCCACAUGCUAUUAUGUAUGCUGUCCUACCCCCAUGCUAUUAUGUAUGCUGUCCUACCCCCAUGCUAUUAUGUAUGCUGUCCCACCUCCAUGCUAUUAUGUAUGCUGUCCCACCUCCAUGCUAUUAUGUAUGCUGUCCCACCUCCAUGCUAUUAUGUAUGCUGUCCCACCUCCAUGCUAUUAUGUAUGCUGUCCCACCUCCAUGCUAUUAUAUUAUGUAUGCUGUCCUACACCUGUCCAUGCUAUUAUGUAUGCUGUCCCACCUCCAUGCUAUUAUAUAGUCACAAAAGACAAGCACAUGACGCAGUUGGUGAGACAAGGACUGGGAUGUGAAGGUGGACAGCGAAAGACGUUGAAAGAUAGAAGAAGUUGCCAGAUCAGGAAGAAAUGA